AUGCACAUGGCAGAGAGGAAUGAUGUAUUAGUGACAAUUGGGGAGGAGAGCGCAAUUUGGGAUCUUGGGAAGACGGACAAGAGAAACCAAGCACCAGUGUUACUGAAAUCUUCCAAGGUCCAGCCUAGCAACAAGCCUCAUCCAGUCUCUUGCUUUGCACUUUCUUCUGCGCUGUCUUUCCUUGCCAUCGGCUUGGCUGACGGGAUGGUGCUACUUUACAGGCAUCUGGACCAGCCAAUGUCUUCCACAACGUCCCUGACUACACUCCCUAAUACACGCAUCAUCCAUGAAUCAUCCCCUGAAUCUAUCACUGGCCUUGGUUUCCGAGAAUUUUCGGGUCCCACUAAUGCCGAUGCUAAGGAUAACAACUUGCACCUUUUCAUUGUGACUACGAACUCGGUAUACUUGUACCACGUGUCCGGCAAAGGGGGCAGAGUAUCCAGCGUGUUACUAGACGAUAUUGGAUGUGGACUGGGAUAUGUGGUGAUGGAUUGGCGCGCCGAGAACAUCGUGCUUGUGAGAGAUGAGGAAGUAUACACGUAUGGUUUGCAGGGGAGGGAGCUGCCAUAUGGUUAUGAAGCACGAGUGGCAGGUGGUGACGGUGAUGCGUCGAGGGUGACUGCAUUUGACAUGGAGAAUAAGGAUAUCAGAGAGGUGAUCUCGGAGUGGGGAAAUAUUUGCAUUCUCACAAAUAAUGGGCAGAAUUGUGCAUUGCUUUUUAAUCCGACGUCACUGCCCUUGCAAACUCUCCAUGCUGUACGCAAAGGCUCUAUACCCACUUGCACUGAGUCUCGCGCAGACACAACACCUUGGCGAGAGCUACGUGAUAUUCACCGUCAGCACGGUGACAACCUCUACACGAAAGGAGAUUGUGAUGGCGCGAUGACGUACUAUCUGAAGGCGAUAGAUUGGUUGAAACCGAGCUACGUCGUUAGAAAACACUCUUCCACCACUCUUCUGCUUAAUACCUACACCAAACCCAGAGACGUUGCACGCUUAGACAGUUUCAUUAAAACAGAGUCUCGACGUUCUGGUGCGGCAGAGUCGAACGGCGACCUUCCAUUUGACCUGGACUGUAGGCAGGCAGUAUACUUUACUCAUGCCAGCUACCUUGCGAAGCGCUAUAAGCGACACGAAGAAUACUUGAGGGUUAUGGUUGAGGAUGCUGGGGAGUAUGAGGAAGCAUUAACAUAUUUGAGACACUUGGGAGCAGCCGCGUCGAGCACACCAGCAAACGCUCCAUCGUACCUUGCCCUCUCCCGUGCACCCGCACCUGAAGAUAAAGUUGAGGAAUCCAAAGCGGACAAAGAGGACCUCACAGGGCCUCAAACAACGCAGCCAAGCGCACCAACACCAUCCAAAGAGAAACUGCCUUCCCCUACACUCUAUUUCGCGCAUUUUGUUGAUCACCCGUCAUAUUUUGUCCGUUUCCUAGAAAGCGUAGCUGCACGUUGGUGGGGACAGUCACUCCUCUUUCUUUCAAACACUAGUUCGGACAAAAACGAAGACCUGGGGAAGCACAGUCAGGCAGCAGUUUGGAACACGUUGCUUGAGCUCUACCUUGACGGGGGCUCUCCAGAACAACAGGAAAAGGCACUCAAACUACAGCUAUACCCGAGGUCUGGUCACACUUUGGGAAAAGCUGGGCAUGUUGAGGACAUUUUACGGUUUUGGAUGGACAAGCACAAUGCGAAUCUUCCGCGUCAACAGAGGUCGUGCAGGCCCUUGUACAAAUAUGGCGAAACACACCCUCACCUCUAUGAGCUGCUGCUGCGCUUCUUGACAAGCACGCCGGAGCUGCUCACGCGGCACCAGGCGGACGUGGAGAAGAUUCCGGAACACAUUGAGAAGGAGCGGAUAAUACCUCCGCUUGGUGUAGUCCAGAUACUGAGUAGGAAUGGGGUAGCGAGCGUAGGCCUCGUUAAGGACUGGCUGAUGGGACACAUCAAGGAGGCAAAGGAAGAAGUGCAAACUGACCAGCAACUGAUCAGCUCCUACCGGCUGGAAGCGAAUGCGAAGUUGAAGCAAGUGGCUGAACUAGAGGGCCCCAUGCAUGCAAAGGGGUCCCUGCUAGACCAUGAAAUCGAAUGCCCGCUUUGCGUACGCCAACAUGGAAUCAUCCAGGAGAUUCGGGGGAAUCACGAGAUCAAACACGAGCUCUUCCUCGCGGAUGUACAAGAUAAUGGGUUUAAAGCGGUUGCGGCUGGAUUUGGCAAGGGGGUGCUAAAUAUGACUCGGUUGGACGAUAACCGGUAUUGCGCCGUGCCAUACUUCUACCACAUGAUCUGCAUCUGUUAUGGUAUUCAAUAA